ACUGAAUUUGUUUUGACAGAAAACUUUGGGCUGUUAUGCAUGCUUUUCUUUCAGGUGAACAAUAUCAUUGAGAGGCUGUAUAUUAUUGCAUUCUUUUCAUUCCAUGUCAUAAGGGAUACCCGCUGUGUGCAAAAUUGCAAUAACCUUUGACAAUGAGCCAGACAGCUUAUGGCAUAGCCAAGAAUUUCCAACUGGGGUUUUGAACAAUUUGAGGCCCUCUGUUUGGAGUGCACAGAAGCACAAUCCCCAGGGUCAUUUAAAUUCAAAAAACUUUCGCAAUCGAGGGCACUGAAGCAUAAUCCGACGCACUCUUGAACAGGUUUCUCGUGAGUGGAUUUCGAUUGAUCGUCGCUAAAAGUUACAUCUCCAGUUUGGAUGGUGUGCCUGAGCUGUAUAACAACCACCGGGAAGUAGCGCUAAUCUUCCUCAGGUCUGCUGAUAAAAGGUGAUUUAUGAAGCCAUUUAUAGCCAUUUAAAGGAAAAGCUUUCUCUGUAAACAAGUAAUCUUAAAGAUUUGCUGCCAUGUUCACCAAGUCGCAGUUUAAUUCCAAGCCCGAGAAAGCCCCUUCAAAGCAAUCAGUUUUCCCAAAUAAUGGAAACAUCCUCAAGAAAAAAGCGCGAUCUACUAUUUUAUCAGUGCUGACAAAACGACAAACUCAGGAGAAGUUUCUCCUUGGCGACAAAGCAGAUGGCCAGCGUGAUGACCAGAAAGGAAAUGUAAGUACCUCGAAGCCAUUCUCGGAAGAGCCAAAGUGGCCAGACACAGAGUCAAUGAUUGUCGACCUGGAAUCAACGGGAAGCGGCAACUCGCAGACGCCAAGACAUGGAGAUACUACACAUUCCAGUUAUCAGCUCGCAACAUUGGAUCACAAUAGGCUCACUUCUGACAAAGUUUCUGUAACAAGAUCGAUCAGCACGCCGGGUAAAUUUUCUUCGAGCAUUAAUGAAGGAGAAAAGGCAAACCAUCAACAAGUGGGACGAAAUAAUAUAGAUGGAAGCACGAAAGUGAGUAAAAUACUAGCAAGAUGGCCACCACAGAGAGCAGAUGAAAAUCGAAUGGAAAAAAACAUCCAUUCACUUUGUGAGCGACGGCAUUCUGCGCCUAAACACUUAUCAUGGCCAGCAAAUGGCAUGGAAGCCCUGGUUGUUUCAAUUUCUCCAUCAUACACUAGUAUAAAGGACAUCGCCCCAAGCAGUUCUUCUACAAGUGCAAAGUCUGUGGUUGAUUCAGUUAAGGUUUCCAUACCUUUUCAAGUUCAAAGCCAACAGCAGUCCCCCAGAGCAGAGCAGCAAUCAGAUGCCUGGGCAUCUUCUGUUUCAGUCUGCGUCCCAUUUCAGGUCAAUGAAAACGGCGAAAGCAUCCCUGUCUCGCCUUCUGUCAACAAAAAUUUUCUACCAAGUUCCUCGCUUGAAGAUCCCACUGCAGCAGUAGAGGCACGCAAAGUUUCAAUUCCCAUGAUUAUGGAAUCGAAUUUGACGACUCCUAAUUCUCAGAGCGCUUUUGAAUCAACUCCAAUGGCACUACAAAAAGAGGGCGAUUCUUCCGUUGAUAUGAAGAAAAUGUCGCCUUCGCAGCCAUCACUUCCGAUGGGAAGCAGCUCGUUGUUAACUCCGGAUGAUGGUAAGGGUGUGUCUGGAGACAGGGUGGAUGGAGGAGUUGUGAAUAAACCGCGUGCGCUUUCCUCUGCGGCCUCUCCCUCACAAGGCAAAAGAAAAAUUUCUACCAGAGAUCAUCACAUCAAGGAUAAUAAACAAGUGCCCGCCAAGGAACAUUCUCCCAAGACCAUGGGCAAAGAAGCUAGUAAACAUAAACACCCUACGGGCAAAGCUGCGAGUUCGACCGCUCUGAAAGUACCAUUUGGAGGUAAACCAAGAUCAAAGUCCUUCACGGCAGGGGAUAAAACAAAAUUAACUCCAUGUUCCUCAAGUGCCCAGUCCAGCCCCACAGAAACUCCAAAAUCUGUCAGUCCUGCUUCCUCUCCAAGAACGACGAGACGACAUCUGACACCGAAAGAUGCCAUUAGGGCCGAGGGUCGCAAGACGGGUCAGUUAAAAAAACCAGAAAGUCACGGUAGACCUCAUUCAGAUCCUCUGAUCGGCGAAAAAAUACAGGCAAAAAAGAAAUCUAUCGGAGCUGCCGCGAGUGAUGUUCACAAAACAGCAGGAAUAUCUAAGUCUGACUUAGAAGCAAUGAAGAAUAAAGUUAAAGAACUCGAGAAUGAAAAUGCUGAGCUUAAGACGAAAUUACAAGGGAUGGAACACCGUCUCGCCGUUGUACCACUCUUAGAAAAAGAAAAACUUCAUUUACAGAAGCAGGUCAACGAAGUUAUCCAGGAAAACGAGAAAAAAGCACGUGAACUUGAAAGGUUGAAAUCGUCUUCGGCAAAGCUCAAAGAGGAAAUGAGUAGCUCAAAGGCUGAACGCGAUCAAUUGAAAAUGGCCCUGGAAACGAGCCAGGUGGAGAUAAAAAAACUAGGUGCUCACAAAAGAACACUGGAAGAAUUGAAAUCUACUCUGACGCAGGAAAACGAGGACAAAACGAAAUCAAUUGCACAAUACGUCGAAAACAUCGAAAAAUUAACUGCUUCGAAUGUCGAGCUGGUAUUGCAAGAUGGACUAUCAAAGAAAAAAAUUGCAACACUUUUGCGAGGUUUGCAAUCACUAAAAGAUUCUGUUCGACAGCUGAAAGAGGAAAAUAAAUGUUUGCAAUCACAGAUUGUUGAAAAUGGAAUUGAACUCGUCGGUACCAUGCGAAAUUGCGUCAAUGGUUUGGAACAGGUUAUCAGUGGUUUGGAGAAAGAAAAGAGCGAAAAAGCCGAGAAGGAAACGCAAGUAUUUGAUAACACUGAAACCUUAGAUAAAGACACACAGUGUGACGAGGUUGGAUCAAAAGACUUGCUUCUACGAGAACUUGAAGAGAGCAAACUUUUAGUAGAGUGUUUAAAAAAUAGAAUUUCUGAAGUCAACGAUGUUGCGACAAAAACAAGCGUCGAGCAACAAGAGAGCCGCGCAGACCAUGAAUUGCCUUCAACUCCGCCAAGCAGAGGGUCUGAUUGUUCAGGGUGUGCUAGCCUUCAAGAGCAAUUAGCAAGUCUAAAAUCUACUCUGGACUCACGUCAAGAUUCUUUCGAAAAGUUAGAAGGCGAGAGAAAUGAGGCUGUCGAGGAGAUGAAGGAGCUACGACGCGAAGCAAAGUACCUCAAGUACGUGCUUUGUUACAGAGAGGACGUACAAAACUUGCAAUCGACAAACCAGCAGAGCAAAGAAUUGGAGAAAUUGGGGUCUAACCUAGAGGAAGCUGAGAAAAAAGUCAUCGAUUUAGAAGACGAAGUUGUAAGACUUCAAGAAGAAAAACAAACUCUUCUGAUGAGUAUCUUAAACUUUCAUUCUGGGCAUCAGGUGGAUGAUGUGGUAGAAGAAGGAAACGACGGAGAGGAGAGCGACUCCGAAUCUGAAAUUGACGACGAUGAAAUUCAAGAUGAGCGAAAGGUCGUAGAACGUUCUCGCAAUGCAGACUCCAUGUCUCGCGAUACAGACUCCAUCUCACGCAAUACGGAUUCCAUCUCUCGUAAUACAGACUCCAUCUCUCGCAGAGAACAACUCAAGUAUCGAUUUCAGUUGUCUUUGUCAGAGUCCGAUUACAGUUUUAGUUCAGAGCAGAGGACAGAGGGGGAGGAGGAAACUGAGAGUGAAAUCGAAGACGACGAGAAUGAGAAAACUUGGAUGGUUCUGAAAAAAGUCAAAGCCGAGAACAGGCAGUUAAAAUCUAGUUUGAAUGAAGCCAAUGAUGAAAAAGAAGAGCUGUUAUCAAGUCUCGAUAAGUUAUGCGAAGAGUUUGAUGCACUUAAGGAAAAUUACGAUAAACUUGAAGAAGAACAUGCUGCCUUGUCCGAUAAAGCCAAGCAAGAUAAACACUCCUUGCAAACACGGCUAAGGGGUGGUGAACUGGAUAGAGACACUCUAAAGGAUUCCCUGAGGGAAAUUCAGGACGAGAAACUAGCGCUUUUAAAAUGUCUUGAAAUGCGAAACACCGAACCAAUGUCACCGCUAUCUCCUCUACCCCAGCCUCUUCUCGACAAAAUUAUCGCGCAAGCGCAGUCAUUUACACAAGACGAAAACAAAUCAAAUGAACCAACUUCAAAUGAGGAAUAUUCCGAUGUGUCAUCGUCGUCAGAUGACGAGGAAGAGCCAAAAGUUAGCGUUCAACAAACUUCUACAGAAAGUCAUCCAGAGUUGAAGAAGCAACCGGAUAUGAAGACAACUAAUGCUAAAGAUAAGGAACUGGCAAGUUUAGUGGCAUCCAUUGAAAACGACCUUGGAAAGCUCAAGGAACGACUGGCCAAAGGAGACAGCAAUGCCCCAGGCACUUUGAACGAUGAUGACGCUGGAAAAGAGAAGGAAUCCAGGCCCCGCAAACCUGCACCCGGUGAGCGUAUGCUGAAGCGCCAAGCAUCGACUGUGAAGUCGAACCUUGAUCGCGUCUGCAGGGAGAAACAACAUCUGCAAGAUGAAGUUGAAUCACUUCGUCGAUACUUGCUACAAAGAAGAGAUUCCGCCAUGGAUAUCCGAACAAAAAGGUCUCAUGGAAGUCUCAAAAGAGUAACAGCAGAAGUGGACAGCCACUUGGAAGGGAUUAAGACCUUACAGACCUUGCUAGGAAAAUCCGACGACCAACUCCGUCAGUCGAACGAAAUAAUUUCCCGACUUGAAGCACUCAACGACGAAACUGAGGAAAAGCUUCGGGAUUCUGAACUCCUCCAAGACGACUUACGUCACGCUGUAAUGAUAGCGAACAAUUUCGCCAUGGAGGAACAACAGAAAGCGAAACAGCUGAUGUUACAGAAUGAAGAGCUGUUAAAAAAGCUGGGAACGCUUAAGCCUGGGAAUACGUCAACCGAUACAAUUGAAAAGGAUGAAAAUUUACUCGACGAGAAGGCAACAAAAGGAAAAAAGAUACCCAAAUUGAAAGAGGCGAAUGGUUUACAUCGCAGCGUUAGUGAGGACGAUGUGCUGUACGCAGAUGACGAAAGUAAUUUCGCAACAGAAGGUGAAUCAGACUUCUAUUCUUCUCGACAGUCAAGUGUUGCGGAUGAAUCAGAAUUUGCCAGGAGCCCCACACCUCACGAAGAAGACGUUGAUAACUUUGAUAUUUCGACUUCUAAUGUUGCACCUUCGGAAGAACCAGCGAAAAGCGGAGAUCUGACCGAGAGUGAAUUAACGAGUCAAUAUAGCUCAACAGCUGAUACACAGUCAGAUUUGACUGAAGAGGAAGACGAUACGGAAUAAACUCGACAAAGUCAGGUUUGGUACAGAAAUGUGCUAUUCAGAAUCGCUCUGUGAUUUGUCCAGAAAGCGCUCUCCAUGCUCUGAACUAAUCAUAGGGAAAACUAAAACCAAUGGCGACUUGCUAGCUCGCGUUUUCCUGGGCCUUAGAGCGAUCGCGUGUUUACCUUAACUUCCCUGUGGUUCCUUGAUUUAUUUCGGUAUCUUUAUUAUGUUUGGCUGUUGUGAUCACUCGAGGUUUUACUUGAUUAAACUCGAUUUAAAAGCACUCUAGUUAGUUUAAAUCGUAAACCCUAUAAAGUAAGUCGUGCCACAUUCCACUGUUUUACAACUUUUUUGUAUUUGUUCUUACUAACCGUUUGGCUCAUCCUCGGUGUAAAAACCUGUGAAGCUCACCAGUGACGUAAA